AUGCCAACGGUCUUGCAAGAUGACCCCUUGGCCUUAGACUCGAAAGCAGGUGAUGUGCAAAAUGGCGACGACAGUGGGACCACCGGUUGCAAGAGUGAUGCACAAGACAGCAGCAGUAGCAGCACGAGCAGUUGCAGCGGCAAGUCUUCCACCAGCAGCUCGUCUAGCAGCUCAUCCACAACCAAGGAAGAGCUGCCUGACCAGGGGCAGAGAAGCGCCAAACGUAAGAGGGCACAAGGAGAAGUCAGUGCAGCUCCUGCUGCAGACCAUGACCGCGCAGGGGAUAUCUCUGGGUUUGGCUCAGCUGGCUCUGACGAAGAUUCCUCUGUGGACUUGAAGCUGGCCGAGGCUGUCAAGAACGGCCCAUCGUCCAUCCAGGAGCUGUUUGGGUGGCCACACGCUGCCGUGGAACAGCUUUUUCGUUUGGGCGAUGCAGCUGGGGAUGCCGAUGCUGUCAGACUGAAGGGACUGCGUUUGGUGAUGACAUCAGAUUUUUCAGGAAUGGGAACUGCUGAGCUGGCCGUCGGCAUGGUGCUGGAUGCUGUCAAGAAGCAUGUCGCGACAGGUGAGACAGAUGGGCCAUUGUUCCUCCCUUAUGCAGCCGCAGAUAUUUCUGAUGUGUGCAGAAGCUUCAUCACAUCGCAUUCCCACCCACCGCUGCACAUAUUCGGUGACCUGUUUGGACGCUUGUCCAAAUCAGCCCUGGACGGUCUUGCUCAAAAAGAGGAGCUUGUGAAUGAGGUCUUGCAGGAGACAUGCGAGAAAGACAAGGAGAAUCUCCGGAUGUAUGGAGAACAGUUGCUACAAGCUCACAUGGAUACUUUGUCCAGACCAGGUUCUCUUUUGUCGAAAGCGAAAUGUGAUGUGCAUGGCAAGGCUUGUCCUUUGCCACACAGCGGCUUGCCAAUGGAGCUGCACAAGCAAUGCCAGUCUGAGGGCUGCACUAUGGCUUUGUCUCUGAAUGCCAGCGGCACAGAGUGCUAUGAUUAUUCUUCUAUGGGCGAACAGAAGGGCCUCUUGGGCAGAACUGCAAAGACAUUUGCUGUGUGGGUAGAAGAGAGGAAACGAAGCGCGGAGGACCUACUUCUUCAUGAGUGCACGGUUCGAUUCCGACCAGCAGUGCUUCGGCAACACCUUGGCCACAUCUACAUCUUCUUCUCACUGAUCAUUUCUCCCCACCAUCUAGGCUGGCCAGUCCAUCGCCCUCGCAGAUACAUCAUUGGUGUCAAGAAGGGCACAUUGCUGUUUGAUCAUGAAAGGUUUGGAAGCGAGCUGAACCAGCUGCUCAGGAAACCAUCUGUGGAUUGUGGGAUUUUGUAUUGCAAAACAGACACCGAAGAGACAGACAUCAAGAUGGCGAUGUCAAAGAGGUACAAAAAGGCGAGCCAGAACUCACAUUUCUUCAGCUUGCUUCCGGCAGCAAAGCAGAAGCGUGUCAAAUUCUACAGGGAGCUGCCAAAAGUCAAGCAAUGGCUGGAUGAAGGGAAGGAGGUUGCUGUGGAUUUGGAGCAGCGCCCAGGCUCCUUUCCCAUGGCGAAUUACCUCUUGCCAACUCUGCUGCGCGGAUCGUCUAUGUACCUCCUCCAGAGGGGUGCUCCACUCAGUGGUCAGGACUUGAUGAUGGUGAUGGGUAUUCCUGUUCCUUGCCGGGACCAUGUCCACCACAUGCCUGGCUUUUUCAAAGGCCAGGGGAAAGGCUCCUCCCUGUCAUCGUUGAAUGACAGGGCCAUAAAGUCACUCACAGGCAACGCGAUGCACAGUUGCGUUGUCGGGUGCUUGGUCCUGUGCAUGCUCAGAAACGUGCGGCCUCAGCCACAGUGACGGAAUUGGAUCCGGUGCCCUGCGCCGCCUUGCUGCUU